CUAUCGUUAUUCGUAAUCAUUCGUUGAGUUGACGGGUGCUGUAUUUUGUGUAUUGAUCAAUAAUUUAAUCAAUUUAGGUAAUAAAUUAAUCAAAUUGGACCUUAUUACGUGCUCCGAAUAAUUGCACUGUGUCGUUACGUUAAGUUAAAGUGAAUUUUUGCUUCUGCAUCAACGAGUUGGAUUGAAAAAAUCAAGAUAGUCAAACAUUUCCUGUAAGAUUAGGACAACAUGGCGUUUGCCGGCCUCAAGAAGCAGAUUAACAAAGCAAAUCAGUAUGUCACAGAAAAAAUGGGAGGUGCCGAGGGCACCAAGCUGGAUCUGGACUUCGUGGAAAUGGAAAGAAAAACAGACGUAACCUGCGAGCUAGUGGAAGAACUUCAAACGAAGACCAAGGAGUUCCUGCAACCGAACCCGACGGCUCGCGCCAAGAUGGCCGCCGUGAAGGGGAUCAGCAAGCUGAGCGGGCAGGCCAAGAGCAACACGUACCCGCAGCCGGAGGGCGUGCUGGGGGACUGCAUGCUGCACUACGGACGCAAGCUGGGCGAGGACUCCAUAUUCUCGCAAUGCCUGAUCGAGAUGGGCGAGGCUCUGAAGCAGAUGGCGGACGUAAAGUACUCUCUGGACGACAACAUCAAGCAGAGCUUCCUGGAGCCGCUGCACCACCUGCAGACCAAGGACCUGAAGGAGGUCAUGCACCACCGGAAGAAACUGCAGGGGCGGCGCCUCGACUUCGACUGCAAGCGGCGGCGGCAGGCCAAAGCGCCUGGUAGUAGGAGCCCUUAUAUGAGCCCAAGUCACAGCAACACGCCAAGGCAGGGUGCUCACAUUGCAGACGACGAGAUCCGCCAGGCCGAGGAGAAGUUUGCCGAGUCGCUGCAGUUGGCGCAGAUCGGCAUGUUCAAUUUGCUUGACAACGAUGUGGAGCAGGUGGCGCAGAUGAGCUUCUUCGCGGAGGGGCUGCUGGAGUACCACCAGCAGUGCACCGAGAUCCUGCAGACGCUCGUCGCUACUCUCAUGGAGAAGAAGGAGGAGGCCGUGAACCGUCCCAAGCUGGAGUUCGUGCCGAAGACGCUGGCGGACCUCGCCAUCGAGAGCAUGCACGACCUCAACAACGGUAGGCGCUUCGGCUCCAGCACCAGCCUGCCCCGCCCCCGCGCCCCGCUCCCCGCCUCCUCCUCCGUCGGCGACCUGUCCUCCCACGACCCACUCAGAGCCUGGGACGCGUGGAAUUCACCAAUCAAAAACAACCAAUCACAGCGCUCGGAGUUUGACCGUAGCCAAUCGCAGCGCGGGGAUGUUUUUAAAGUGCCGCAUUCACAGAUUAUAGGGCGCAUUGGGAGUGAUGGUUCACAGCCGUUGAAUCAGUCGCGGCUGCCGGCGUUCAGGCAGCAGCCGCGGCCGGCGCCGCGCGCUAUAAAUGGCAAGGAUCCGUGGUCAGCUUCGCCGUUGCCGUCGCCGAUGAAAUCGCCGGCCAGGACGCCACUCGCGCCCGCCGCCGCCAAGACGCCAUGCUGCACGGCGCUCUACGACUUUGAUGCUGAAAACCAGGGAGAACUCGGCUUCAAGGAGAACGACGUGAUCACCCUGGUGAGCAAAGUGGACGAGAACUGGUUCGAGGGCUCCGUGCACGGCAAGACGGGCUUCUUCCCCAUCAGCUACGUGCAGGUCACCGUGCCGCUGCCCAACAUGUAAACCCGCCCUUACACUACGCAAGCUUAGGUCACAGUCGCGUGCCGGCACCGGUAAUAUUUGGGUUAUGAGGUGACAACGUUUGGUUCCUUGAGUGUGUGACGUGAUUGGUCGUGAAAUCUGGUGGAAGAAUGACACUGCGUUGAGAUAGAUCAGUCUUGAAAUAAUUGGGCCAAUCACAAGGCGCCUAACCGUUACAGCUCGUUAAUUAAACGUUGUCUACUCAUGUUUCUGCACAAUUAUGGGUUAUUUGGUUAUAUUUUGAAGUUAUAUCUCGGUGUUGUUGAAUACGACCGUCGCAAAUAAUUUACUUUCGGAGGGUCAUCAGAUACAAGUAAGAAUCCUUAUAAAUAGCGAUAAGUUAAUCGGGUAUGUAUGCCUAAUACUUCCGAAUGCUAGUUUCAAUGUGUUUCCGAUACCCAUAUUUGUGCUGACACUUUCAUUGCUGUUUCCGUGCCGGCGCGACAUCACUCAGACUGAAGGUAGCCCCUGACUCAUCCUCUUGCUCGAUAGUCUUCAGUCACCCCAACCAUCUCACCGUCAUAUUACAACAUAGAGCAAGAUAUAUAAGCGGGAGCUACCUCGGCUAGAGUGCUUUCAUUCAGACAGGGCGAACAGUUCGAAACAUAAAUAUACAUACAAAAUGUAAUGUAUACCUUUCAGCAACGAAGUUAAGGAAGCUCUAAAUAAGGAGGUAUAUUCUGAACGGGAGAGGCUUAUAUCAUAGACUCGUAGUAUACGUAUGUUCGCUCGGUUUGAACACAAACAUCGAUCGUCCCACCACCUACGUAUUCAUUCGUUAUUUACGUACCUACAUUUCGGCAUAGCUUUUCGGGCUUUGAUAAUAGGUACAUUACCGCUAUUAUCAAAAGCAAGGCCCCUAAAAUUAUGUUGAAUUUUAACCCAAUUUAUACGUCAUAUCCCCAACAGUAUUACGUAUGCUAAUACAUAAAUAUUUUGAAUUCAAUGUCUAAAUAUUGUCGAAAGCUCAAUAUAAUAAUCAUGAAAUAUUAAUCUAAUUUACCUACUUUAUUUAUGAAAUGAUGUGUGUAAUGUUAGAUUCAAUUGACUAGUUUUAUCUACUCGUCGUAGAAACAUUCUGUCGUCUCGUCUUCCAUUUAUUUUCUCUGUAAAAGUAAUUAUUUUGCAUUUAUCGGGGGAAGAGACGUAUUAAGGAUUACUUUCUUGUAUUAGAAAUUAUUUUAAUUUUUAACAUUCGGGUCUUGUAUGUUUUGUAUAGUUAGUUGAUGGAAGAGCGUUACGUAUGUUAGAGCGAGUAUGUCCAGAAAGUAUAUCUGAGAUAUCUGAUAGUCAUUACCUAAAUAAUGUUGCCAUUUUAUGAAAUAAUUUUAUACCUACCUGUGAAGUUUAUUUCUGACUAAGCGAGUCGAUAAUGUAAUUUUAAUUUAUUUGUCUGCCCAAAUCAUUUACUUAGCAAAAUAUGAGGAAUUGUUUAAACGAAACAUGUAUGAAAUGGUGUAGAGAUUCCGAAGAUAUGGCAGAGAACGCAAAGCGGUUGCCCACCAAGGCAGCAUCAAUUCUGAGAAGUGAUAUUUUAAUGUAAUAUAUUUAUAAAUUAAACAAUGCUACUUUUGAUCUUCAAACUAUUUUUGUAGAUAAAAUCUCUAUUACAUAGUGUAUUAUUUUCGCUAUAGAUGGUUGGAUUAUUGUAUUUUAAAUGGUAGAACUACUUAUUGGAUUACAUACCAGAUACCAGAUAAAAGUUAUGUGCAUUCAUUAUAAUUGUUGUCACUCUCACUCCUUUAGAAAUUCCAUUAGUUAAUUAUAAGUUGAUUAUUUAAUUAAUUAUGCUCCCUUUUAUUAUAAACUGCACACAGGACAUAAUAUAAUAUUACUAGGAUUACGAUGUAACACUAGUUAAAAUUAAUGAGAUUAGAUUUUAUAGUUAUCUUUGCGGGUAAAAUAUUUAUCUAAAUGGAGUAAUGUAUACAUUGUAACGUAUAUUAUACACAAUUGAGGGGUGAAGGCGUAAGUUGUUGAAAUCUUGCCAGGAUUUUGUGGCAUUUUGAUGUUUGAUGUAUUGGCAACUAUAAUAACAAUGUCAUUGUGAUAAUGUUAGAUAUCAGUCAUGCUCUUUAUCAUGUUUGAGUUAACGAGUUAUGCUUAAUUUGUAAGGUCAUUUUUAUACCCAUAUCCUGCAUAAUAUUUAGUUAGUGCGUCGUCAUUCACUCUAUAGCUGCUACCAAAAAGGAGGUGGCGGGUCGCCCCAUCAGGAUAUAGAAGAUAAAAGUACUUAUAAUGCACAUACACUAAGAUAUUCAAGUGCAUCGUGUUUUAAAAUGUCCGUUAAUGUUUUUAAUUGAAUCAUGUUUUAAAUUAGUCAACUCUAAAUGGACCCCAUUAUCACUUUCUGGCAUACAAAAGACAAUACCUAGAUCUAAUGUUAGCUGUAUGUAAGUUCAUAAAUAAAUGUUCUAUCUUCAAGUGUCUCUUAAUGUAAGUAUUUUGAGUAAAUAAUACAUUUAUCAUGGAGUAAAUGAUGUCAUUUUAAUGUUUAAAUGUUAAAUACCGCGUCAGGAACAUAAGCUCUAUGUCCUUGGCAAUAGGUGUUAAACUGUUCACCACAUUUUCUCAACAUACAUACUUUAAUAGUUCGGAAGGUGAACUCUGGUUCAAUGUCUGUCCCUCGGGAAGGAUUGAGACUGUUGUUGUAUUUAAAGUAUUCUAUUCUAUUGACUAAAGAAUCUAUAAUCUUGUGACGAAGCUACUUACAUUGGUUCAGUGUUGCUUUAUGUACGAUGGUGCUUGUUGAUGCGUGCACUUGUAUGAUAUCCCAGUAGAAGUUUGCCACUAAGGUGCAGGCAGCAAGCAGCAUUUGAGCUCGCAUGUUCGCGCGCCAACUGACCAUAGACUCAAAUUAAAAAGAAAUGUAAAAUGUCUAUGGUCCAAAAACUCGUUGGGGAGCGAACACGUCUGUUACGUGUACCUAACUAUUGUUCUUGUUCAUGGUACUGUAAUCUUAAUUACUGUAAUUUUACUAUAGAUAAAAUUGACCGUUUACGGAUACAAAUAUUAUUGAUUUGUAUAAAAAAUAUCCCGAAACUUAUUGCUCGUUUUUGCCUCCUUAAUAAAAUGUUAACAAUUA